UCAUACAAAAAAACCUUACGGUGUGCCCAUACACACCAUAACAUAUCUAACUAGGGUUUUUAAGAUUCGGUUCAAUGUUCUGCCCCAUUUAUCUGCCGCUAUAGGGUUUCUCUUCUUCGUCAUUCCCUCUAAACUAACUCUUUCUCUCACAAAAUUUUCUUAUUGCCAAUUCAUCCUUAAACGAAAUCCAUGGAUUCUGUAAACUAGAAUUUCAUUUCAAUAAUUUAUUAGGGUUUAAUCUUCAGGGUCGAAAAAGUUAGGGUUGUUUCGAGGAUUUCUCAAAGAAAAAAUGGCGACCGCAAAUCCUUUCGAUUUGUUAGUCGAUGAUGCUGAGGAUCCUUCGCUUCUAAUCGCGGCUCAAGAGCUCAAAGUCAGUGCAGCUGUUGGUGAGAAGAAAGCUCCAGCAGCCGCUAAAGCCGCCGUAACUAAGCCGGCUAAGCUUCCAUCUAAGCCUGUUCCUCCUUCUCAAGCUGUAAGGGAGGCAAGAAACGAAGGUGGAAGAGGUGUAGGUGGCCGUGGUGGUCGUGGCUAUGGGCGUGGGCGAGGUCUGGGUGGAGCUAAUCGAGACUUUGCAAAUAAUGAUGAUGCAUUUGUCAAUGAAAAUGGAGGUGCCAUGGGAUACAAGGAGGAAAGAGACAGGCCAACUGAGAGACGUGGAGGUUAUGGUGGUCCUCUUGGUGGUUAUCGUGGAGGAAGACGUGGUGGCUUUGGUAGUGGAGAUGCUGCUGAUGGGGAACGCCCUCGUAGGAUUUAUGAACGGCGUAGUGGCACUGGGCGAGGGGGUGAAUUCAAACGUGAGGGUGCUGGUCGUGGAAAUUGGGGCACUGCUACUGAUGAGAUUGCUCAGGUGACUGAGGAACCUGUUGUGGAAAAUGAAGCAGUUGUAGCAGCUGAGAAGCCAGAAGGAGAAGAAAAUGUUGUUGAGAAGGAGAACCCUGAAAAAGAGGCUGAAGAAGUGGAGCCUGAAGAAAAGCAAAUGACACUUGAGGAGUAUGAGAAAGUAUUGGAGGAGAAAAGAAAGGCUUUGUUGGCGUUGAAGGGCGAGGAAAGAAAGGUCAAUGUGGACAAGGAGUUUGAAUCAAUGCAGCUGGUUUCAAAGAAGAAGAUUGAUGAUGAGGUCUUCAUAAAGCUGGGUUCUGACAAGGACAAGAGAAAAGAUGCUGCAGAGAAGGAAGAAAGGGGCAAGAAGUCCGUGAGUAUAAAUGAAUUUCUGAAGCCCGCCGAUGGUACCGACGGCUACUACAGGCGUGGUGGAAGAGGAAGAGGUCGUGGUAGGGGUGGUUAUGGUGGAGGAUAUGGCAUGAACCAUGCGUCAGCUCCUUCAAUUGAAGAUCCCAACCAGUUCCCAACUUUGGGUGCAAACUGAGAUUUUGUCCGUUGUCGUCUUAGUUAUUUUUGGCUCUUUCCUUUUCUUUCUUUUUUAAUAUUUAAGACCCAUUGAGAUGUUGAGGAGCUCAUGAGUUACAAAAAAGGAUAUUUGACAGGAAUAAUGUGUUUUAUUUUUCCUGUAUUAAGGGUGUAAAUCUUUUAGAUGUUUCACUUUGCAACUUUUUGUGUUGUGUUCACAUCUUUCUAAUUGGUAGGCAGAUAGCAAGACUGUAACCUGGUCUUUGUUUUCAUCUUCAUUUUGGAAUCUCCGUCACCAACAUAUUAAAGUUGUUACUCCUA